GUCUAAGGUUCGCCGCCGCCGGCCGCCCCGCGCCCCCAAAUCCGGCUGGCGCGGGGUCCGAACCCCCGCCCUGUCGCCCGCGCCACUGGGGACGUGCUGCUGACUCGCGCCCGCGACUCGAUAGCAGGGCACACCCGGAGACGACACGGAGCCAUGAGCCGCCUGCCCCGGAGGGUGGCGGCGCUGCUGCUCGGGCUGCUCGUGGAGUGCACAGAGGCCAAAAAACAUUGCUGGUAUUUUGAAGGACUCUAUCCAACAUAUUAUAUAUGCCGCCCCUACGAGGACUGCUGUGGUUCCAGGUGCUGCGUGCGGGCCCUCUCCAUACAGAGGCUGUGGUAUUUUUGGUUCCUCCUGAUGAUGGGCGUGCUCUUCUGCUGCGGAGCCGGCUUCUUUAUCCGGAGGCGCAUGUACCCCCCGCCGCUGAUCGAGGAGCCUGCGUUCAACGUGUCCUACACCAGGCAGCCCCCGAACCCCGCGCCAGGAGCCCAGCAGCCGGGGCUGCCAUAUUACACCGACCCUGGAGGACCGGGGAUGAAUCCUGCCGGAAAUCCCAUGGCGAUGGCUUUCCAGGUCCAACCCAGCUCACCCCAGGGAAGCACAGCCUACCCUCCGCCCCCCUCUUACUGCAAUACACCCCCGCCCCCAUAUGAACAGGUGGUGAAGGCCAAGUAGCAGGGGGCACGGCCUGUGCGACCUCACAGGGGAACAGGGAGGGGCGCUUUCACCCCACCUCUCUGUCCCCAUCGAUGUUCGCUUCCAGGAAUUGUCUUCUGAGCCACGAAGGGCAAAUUCCUCCUUGAUAUCUUCAAAGCAAGCACAGCUCCCUUUCAAGUUUUCUGUGGAGGACCAGUAUUUGAAUUUAUCCUGUGUCUCCUCUGUUGCUUCUGUUUCUGACGUAAUCUGAGCUCUGGCAGCGUGUGGACAGUCCCCAAGGGUUGACACCUGAGAUCCUCGGGAGAGAGACUAAGGAGAAGGAGCCACGGCAGGGCCCAUGUGUGCAGGGAGAGCACAAGGAGGGGGUUGAUCUGGCCUAGGCAGCUUCCUCCCAAGCACACAGCAGUCAGCUCACAGAAAUGAGGGCCCACGGGGUCCACUCUUGAGCCCCUCGUCCUGUCAGUCUUCCUCUUCAAGAAGCUGUUAGACUCUGGUGUGGGAGAAGCCUCAUAGCACUUUCUAUGUCCGUUCGCUUCCUAGAGAUGAGAGCGGCAUCCCUUCUGCAAAGCCAGGGCUGGGAGAGGACUGUGUACAUCAUCGAGGAGAUGAGGAUCCAGGUUAGGUCAGGUUGGAUGUCUACAGUUACCUGAAAAUCACUAAGGAAGGUUACUUAAAUUUAUGGGAAAUUGAUUUCCUGCAUCAAACUGGGACACUGCAUUUUAUGAACUCUUGGUCUGACUUGGCAAAAAUAAAAUGUUUCCCCCACUUUUUAGUGAGUUUGUGGAAGCUCAUGUAGAGUCCUGUCCUUGAAAGUCAGACUCAGAGUGUCUUCUCUGAACAUCAGCGGCUGUCUGGCCUUGGUGCCUGACCAGAGAUCUCCACGCCCAUCCCUAUGGCAGCCCUGGUGGUGGUGGUGAUGGACACUUUCAAAGCGGAGAGGCACAUCUGGCUGGGAAGUCACAUCAGCCCCUUGGGGAGAGGUGUGCCAGCAGGGUCUGGCCAGCGGUUUUGAGGGCCAGCAGGCCAGGCCAGUGGUUUGAUCUCAGCAGGUGUGUGUUUGUGUGUGUGUGUGUGUGUCGGGCUCUGAAGAGGAAAAGCUUGCUGAAAAAAAGGAAUGCAAAAUCCCAGGACUGCAGGAAGAUCUCUUCAAAAAGUACUGAAUAGGAUUCACUGACAACGUAAUCAAAAUUAGAAUCGAAGAUGUGGUUAGAAAUGCAAACCCUGGCUAAGAAACAUGUGUCACCCUGGGAUCUAACAAGUAGUCACUGGGUUAUAAGGAAGUUCUGUUCCUCUGCAGCAAAUAAUGCUGGUGGUGCAUUUAAACCCAGAUUGAGAUCUAACCGGUUGUGUAUAGGAAGACAAAGCAGCGUAGCCAAGAUGGGUAGAUCCCUGUGUGUGUAGUAGUGGGAUAGGGUGGGGAGGGGGGGCUUAUUUUUGUAAAAACUAAUUGGAGCCUCUUGAGAAAUUGUUACUCAUUGAACCUGAGCAUCAGAACAUCUUGCUGGAGUUUUCAUUCCCCAAGACCAGGAGUCUGGGUGUCCCUUUGCUACCGGGACGUCUGUGUAGAGUAAGGGUGAGAAAUCAGGACAGGACUGCAGCAACUGCUCAGACUUACCUUCCUGCAAAGAUGGAGAAUCUGCAAGCCUCCCAGGGAAUUCCACAGGAAAUGCUGGGAGCCAAACACAAACCCUCGGAAACACAGUUUUUAAACGCAGUUGGUGCUGCUGGAGUCUUCAGCUACCCUCGUGUGACCUCCCAACUCCUGCCCUGAUGGCAGUACCUCCCCUAACUCUGGUCCUUGAUCCAAAUGAGACAACAAAGCACAACAUUUGCUGUUUACAGCCAAGGACAACUACAUGGGUCCAGAAGGUUCCUCUUCUUCCGGGUCAUUCGUUUGCAUUUUUGACUGAAAUUUCUCCCUUCACUUUUUUUUUUUUUUUUUUUAAAUAACGAAGCACAGUAAGAGCUGCCCCUGGAAUUGGAUCAGAGUGCAGUUGAAAAAGCACCCAGAUAUCCGUGACUAAAUUUUAUUUAUCUUUUUGAUAGCAAAUGAUCUCAGAGACUGAACGAUUUAGGUAGUGCUCAACAAUUUCGUAUUCCAUGUUUGUGAAGAUAAAUUUUGGUUUCCCUUGAACCUGGGUGAGAAUGCUUCUACAGUGAACGCUGAUACUGUAUGUAGAAAUCCCACUUGUGACAUUUCCUGACCGUUCUCAUUCCGUCUGUGCUGACUGUGGCCUGUGUCCCCCUCCUGGAGUGAGUCCAGCUCCUGGUGUGUUGGAAGUCUUACAGAGUCAGUGGUUAGGAGUAAACUGGGAGCAGAUCUGUGCAUGUUUUUUCUCUGCAACAUUUGGCUCAUUCCUCUUUUUUUGUUCUCUUUUCAUAGGGUCCCAUUUCCUAUGUGUGCAAAAUAAAAAAUAAAUUUGGGCACAUGC